GUAGGCGGAAAAUCGGUAGUGUGCUUCAGUAUCAGAAGAUAAAGCCACACCGGGUGCUUUUAUUAAGGAGAUUGAUACAGGAGAUAUCAAAAGGUUAGCUUCGUGCCUGCUGAAAUGGCGGUCCCUGCGGGUCACACAGAUGUACAGAUGGACAGAGGCGCCCUGAGCGGACAGACUGUUUCCUCUGAAAACAACAUUGACAUCGACGAGAAAGAGUUGGAAAAUAUCACAAAGAAACAGAGAGAAGACGAGACGACAGCACUGCCUUUGCACUCACCUUGGACGUUUUGGCUGGACAGGUCAUUACCAGGCACUACGGCUGCAGAAUGUGAAUCCAAUCUGAAGAAGAUCUACACUGUGCAAAGUGUUCAGAUGUUCUGGAGUGUAUACAACAACAUCCCUCCAGCCACAGCCCUGCCUUUGAGAUGUAGCUAUCACUUAAUGCGAGGAGAACGGAGGCCCCUGUGGGAAGAAGAAAGCAACGCAAAAGGAGGAGUAUGGAAGAUGAAAAUACCAAAAGAAAGCACUUCUGCAGUUUGGAAAGAAUUGUUACUUGCUACUAUUGGAGAGCAGUUUGCAGAUUACUGUGCCUCAGACGAUGAGGUAGUUGGUGUCAGUGUUAGCGUUCGGGAUCGGGAAGAUGUCGUACAAGUCUGGAAUAGCGAUGCAUCUCUCGCUAACGAAGCAAAUAUCUUGGGAAAAGUCUAUGAGCUCCUCCCCUACAUAUCUUUUAAAGCUGUUUUUUAUAAGCCUCACAUGGAUCAUCAUGCCUUUGAAGGAGGACGCUCAAGACAUUAAAUGAUUGUAACGCACUUUUUUUUUAUUUUAACCUGAACUCUGUACCUGCCUUCACGUCGAGGCGCUGUCCACAACCUAAUCGAGGAUAUUAUUUUGCAUUCAACAAAAAUUGUUAUCAAUAUAUUUUUAUAACUUUUAAUGACUGAUGCCUUUUUUUUUGAUUGUGGGUCCUAGAGCUCUGAACUCUUCAGAGAAUGUAUAUCCAGCAUUAAUCUCAUCCCGAGUUCAUUAGUUCAUGUUGGUUUUGACCUGCUAUACUGAACUGCACUGUCUUGGUCCUGUUGUCUGCACGGCCAAUGGACCUCACAAUUUAUUCCUGGUAUAGAGGUAGCAGCUACAUAAUUAGUGUGUUUUAACUGUUUGAUAUGUAAGAUAUCUCAAUUCAUAUCACAUUUUAAUUAAGUCAGUUUAGUCAGUGCCAAAGCACUUUUCUGCCAUUUGUAUCCUUUUGGUGUUUUAUUCAGCUGGAGCUUUUCCACUUCUGAGGAUGGAGUGAAUGUCCCAUUUGGUUUCUUGAAACUUCAUCAGCUGUACAUCAAAUUUAAAUCAGGGUAACACUUGGAAAUAUUGCACAUGACUACCUAUUCCAAUCACAGUGUCCCUCAGUUGUAAAGCCAUCACAGGGGAUCAGAACACAUCCCAGCGCAGACAUGGCCCUAAGAUACUCAGCUUAAGUUAAAAGAGCAAAACCCAUCCUGAAAGGUGCCUCUUUGAAUCUCCUCAGCCACACUGCAUUUGACAUUCCUCUCAAUACACGUGUUGAAAGUCGACCCUCUGCUGUCCUGAAUGGGGUCACGCAUCGUUUAGUGUAUUACUCUGAAAAGAUACUGCACAUUUUUGUGCUCAGCUAGUGGUGCUCUGUAGUACUUGUCUGUACUUGUUUUUCCUACUGUAUCUAGUUUACUUACUGAACUGUGUCCUUAUAACAAUAACACACACAGGAAACUGCAGCUUUCAAGCAAGUAACGUGAGGUCAUGCUAUUCCCAUAGUUAGCAUAUGUAGAUACAAUAUGUCAAAUGUUAAGUAAAACAUGACAGAUGUGGUGAGUGUCAGUAGUCGUUGAGUCAAUGUUAACUGCUGCUUCAAAGAAAAGUACACUUUAAAUCAGAUGUUAUACUGACCUUGCCUGUUUGAUCAUACUGAGAAAUAGCAUCAUUAUUAAUAGAGAAAAUAGAAGCAUAUUUUUCUAUCAGCUCCCUUUACAAAUCUGGGACAUUUUUGUGAGACUUCAUCACCCAGAUCGAGUUACCCUCACUAACACACUUAUAUUAUCGCAGUGUAGGCUACAGUAAACAAUGCUUCUGGUAUUAUUGUAUGUCACACCACUUUUUAUAGUUCAACUUUGGACUGGUUGAUACGUUACUAAUAAGGGGACAAUAUUUCAUUUGUAAACAUGACUUUUGCAGUGACUUGGAGAAAGUAAAUAAAUUGGAAAAGAAAUGCAA